AUGAUCCUCAGGAGAAACUGCCCCAAAGGCUUCUGCACUGGGCUGAUUCUGGUCAUUGCUGUCAACAUCCUUCUGGUAUUUUAUACCAAGGAGACUUUACAAAACUUGAUUCUGGGGCAUCUACACAAGGAGUUUCAUUUGCCCCCACCAGAGUGGGACGGAGCCAUGAUCAAGAGACUCUCUCGCUUGGAAAUGGAUCUGCAGCAUCUGAAAGAUGGUAUGCAACUGGUUAUGAAGCAACAAGAAAACAAGGACCACACACAAAAGAGGAUAGAAGAUGAAGUUCACCCUGCUCGAAAGGCAGUGGAAACCCCUGAGAGGGAGACACAGAAGCAGCAGAACAGACCCCCAAAGAAACUCUUCCCGAACUCGCCGCUCUUCAAGCAGUGGGGUGACAAGCUUUCUGAAGCCCAGCAGAAAGAGGCCGAGGACCUGUUCCAGAAGUUUGGUUACAACGCCUACCUCAGCAACCAGUUGCCUCACAAUCGCACCCUCAUGGACACACGAGAUUUCAGGUGUGUUCAGAAGUCAUACCCUUCCCUACUCCCAUCCCUUGGUGUCAUCCUCAUAUUCAUGGAUGAAUCUCUGUCCAUUAUACAAUGGGCCAUCACCAGUGUCAUCAGCCGGACCCCACCUYGGUUGCUGAAAGAGAUCAUCUUGGUGGAUGAUUUCAGCUCAAAUGAAGAAUUAAAGGUAUCCUUGAAUGAGAAGAUUAAGCUUUACAACCAGAAGAAUCCUGGAUUGUUGAAAAUGAUACGGCAUACCAGGGCACGAGAGCCAUCCUUGGGCCUCUACACGGCUGAGUGUGCCCAUGGCAGGUCCCUUGCUAUCUUCCAGAACAUCUACUACCACCAAACUGGGGAAUUCUACAUGGGAAAUCUGAUUGCAGAGGCAAACUUUGAUGACCGCUGCCUCACAGAUCCUGGCCAUGGGGAAAAUCCUACUUUAGAGCCAUGUUCUAUGGCAGCCCAAAGUGGACUACACAUACAUUGGGAUUUUAAACAGGGAAGAGCCAUCAUAAACAGGGAAACCAAACAGUAUCUGGAGAUCAGGAAGCACUCUUCUGGUGCCUACAUGCUUGUGCUGCAGAAGUGUACCAUGCAAAUGUGGGAAAUUCAGUACGUCCUCAGAAACUGGGAUCAGACCGAUGUCCAGUGA